AUGCAUCCGCAAAUUUAUGGAAAUCAUACUGAAGAUGGUUCAUCUUCAACAUUUUCAUUAAAUGCAACAAAUCAUAAUAAUACUACAACUAACAAUAAUAAUAGUGUACAAGAUGGAUCAACUAUUGAAAGCAAUCAUUCAUCACCUGUCUGGCCAAUACCAUCAACAUCAUCAUCGUCCAUAGCCAUACCAGUUAGUGCAGGGAAUGGUUCUCAUCCAUUGGCUAAUACGGAUUUAUUUUCUCCAGAACCAUAUUCAGUUGCAGCUAUGGCUGUAUCACGUUAUGCUGAUGAUCUCUAUAUGAAUUGUUAUUCAACUAAAAUGAAUUCUCUUUUACUGGCACAAGCAGCAACAAAUAAAUUAAAUGAUCCAGCUAAUUCUUACAAUCCUUAUUGUUAUCCGUUUGAUGAGCCACGAGAAUGUGUCAAUUGUGGUGCUGCAGCAUCGCCUCAAAAUACACGUUGGAGUAAAGAUGGUAGUGGCUUUAAUUUAUGUAAUAAAUGUGGUAUCUAUUCGUCUCGUACACAUAAAAUGCCAACGAAUUCAGUAAUGUAUACAACAGGAAAUAAUGCAAAUGAUCGAUCGAUUCGAAAGAGUGGUACACUACAUCGUUCAGGAAAUCAAUGUGCGAACUGUUGUACAACAGAUACGACAUUAUGGAGACGUAAUGCAAGCGGAGAAAGUGUUUGUAAUGCUUGUGGUCUUUAUUAUAAAUUACAUGGAGUUAGUCGGCCAUUGACAUUAAAAAAAGAUGGUAUUCAAACUCGUAAGCGUAAAUCAAAAAAAGAUAAAUCACCAAAAACAAUCGAUAUUUCGCUUCUCAAUAAGAACAACCGACGAACUUCACCGACCAUGUCCGAAGCAGCCGCUUGCUCUUCUGAACAUCAUCAACAAUCAAAUCUUGAUUUAUCAUCGCCACCACCAUUACCACAAACAAUAUCAGUACCAUCAACCAACUAUUCAAAUGGUUGCACGUCGGAUAAUCUCUUAUUUUCCUAUGAAACAUCAAAUCCUCACCAUCACUUUUAUAACAAUUACUAUGCACCAUCACCACCUAUUAAACAAUUAACUUCACAAUUUGAUUAUCAUCAUCAUCAUCAUCAUCAACAACAACAACAACAACAACAACAACAACAGCAGCAACAACAACAUCAACAACAACAACCACCGUCACAUUAUUAUCAAGGUCAUUCAGCGCUUUUUACUAAAGUGAAACAUGAAAGUCAACCAUUAUUUGCUGCCAAUGAUAAUUCAUGGAUUGGACAAACGAAUUUUGGUGUAUGA